AUGGCCGUCGAACUGGAAGAAUUGACAAAGCGAUCGAAUGAUACGGAAGCUCAUAGACGACUUUUGCGGAAAUGCGUCGACAGACACGCUACGUUGGUCGCGUGCGGGGACGGUAUACAAGAGGUUUACGCGCCUGUUGUUCUGUCGUUUACCUUGACGAACGGUAUAGGCAUGUGUUCUAUGAUAUUCGAGAUUCUUCGGCUCUUGCAGGCUGAGGAAAUACCAAUCGAGAAAGUUUGCGUUUUAGUUCUCUACACUCUCUCGAAAAUGAUCCAAACGUUGAUUUAUGCCUGGCCCGGAAAUAUGAUCACUUCUGAGGUUUGUAUCACGUAUUGCAGUGCGGAAAACAGAAAUAAAAAUCUCUAUUUGUCCAAACCUCGCGCAUCGACACCUCGAGACUUGAUAUUGAGUAACGUGUACUUUCAGAUUAUCAAUAAAACGAUAUCUUACUACUUCUUGUUGGUGACGCUUGAUAAUGAUGAAUAACGGAGAGAAUAAAAUUUCCUGUUUUUGACGAUAAUGUGAACGAGAGCUAAGGUGGAUACAACUUGGAAAUAUAUCGUAGUACAGAAAAUAAA